AUGACAGACAGUGGAUCGGCUGCCUCGCGCUGACUCCACCACCUGAACAUUUAGCGAAACAGUAGCGACUGAGCGAACAAACAAAUGUAAGCAAAGACGAACAGGAGGAGCGAAGAAGAAAGAAGAAGCGGAGGAGAGCAAAGGGGGGCAGGCAGGCAGCCGGCUGGACCCGGGACCGGGAGCCGCGCGUCCGCAAGGGGCAGAAAUUAGCGCCACGAGCGUCACAUCCCAUCAGCCCGAGCUCUGAGAUGACAAAGUCCCACUGAAACGGUUAAAGAUGUCGCAGAAGAAGAUAUUUCUGGUCUUCAUUGCCAUCAGUACUCUCAGUCUUCUGCUACACCAUGGAGGUCACUUGAGCUGGACCAUGGAGGCCUUCCACAUAGGCUGCCCUGCUCUGCGCUCCCACCCCUAUCCAGGCCUGAAGCCUAAGCACACCAAUGUGGCCUUUCUCAAGACCCACAAAACGGCCAGCUCUACAAUGCAGAACCUUUUGUUCCGCUUUGCAGAGCGCAAUAACCUGACGGUGGCUUUACCUGUGCAGGCCUGCACCCAUCAGUUCUGCUACCCGCACUCCUUCACCUCACACUUCAUCCACCCUCACACGUUGCCACCAAACAUCAUCACCAGCCACAUGCGUUUCAACAAGGGUGAGCUGCAACGUGUCAUGCCCAAUGACACUAUUUAUGUUACAAUUCUGAGAGAGCCCAGCUCAAUGUUUGAAUCCUUAUUCACGUACUACAACCAGUACUGUCAGAGCUUCAAGAGGGUCCCCAACGGCUCCCUGGAGGCCUUCUUAGAAGAACCUUGGCGCUACUACCGGCCAGAGGAGAAGGACUCCAUGUAUGCACGCAAUACUUUAACCUUUGAUUUGGGUGGAGACAAAGAUCACGUGGCAACAGAUGUGGGGUACGCCCGCAAAUUUGUGGCAGAAGUGGAGCGAGUGUUCUCCUUGGUAAUGAUUGCAGAGUAUUUUGAUGAAUCACUGGUUCUCCUUCGCCAUCUUCUCUCCUGGGAUCUGGAUGACAUCCUGUAUUUUAAACUCAAUAUGAGGACACCAAGCUCCAAGCGGAGCCUCACACCAGGCCUUCCUGCCAAGAUCCGUGCCUGGAAUUCACUUGAUGCUGCUCUCUACGACCACUUUAACACUUCAUUGUGGCAACAACUGUCAGCCCUGGGUCCAGCUUGUGUGGGCAGAGAGGUGCAGCUCCUUCGUCGAGCCCAGGAGAGAUUGAUGAGGACCUGUUUUGGUGGUCAGACACCACUCCUUCGCUCAGCUGCACAGAUCAAAAACAAAGAUCUACGCCCCUGGCAGCCUAGUGGGAAAGUUGACAUUGUGGGGUAUGACCUCCCAGUAAAUAUGAGCCGUGGGUUCUCAAGCAAGGUCCAGGAGCUCUGUCUCAAGCUCAUUAUGCCAGAGGUCCAAUACACACGGGUUCUCCUACGUUCCCAAUCCUUACGCUACCGUCGAAACCACCAGCUUCGGCCUCAACACCAGUUGCAUCCACCCCAGCAGCCAAUACGUACAGUAAUGCCUCGCAAACCUCAAAUCCACAACCAGCAGCAACCUGCAGCUCCAGCCCCAGUUUCAGCAACAGGAUCUCCCUCCACUUCACAUCCUGGGACUCUGGGUCGAAUCACAAAGACAGGGCCUCGAUCUACACCGCCCCAGACCUCAUAGACUUGAAAACAGAAAGCCUGAUAUAUAAUCUGCCCAACAGACUGCAGUGCUCUGCCUAUCCUGACCCACAACACAAUGAUGCUUGUUCAUGCUGACCACUUGGGAAAAGUCUGCGUGGGAUUUAAAUGAAUCACAUUGCUAGUAAUUUUGAUUGAAAUAGGAAAAGGAGAAGAGAGGGACGACAUCUGAACGUGAUGUGAACUUGAUUCUACCCAUCUCCUUGAAUCUAUCUAUCUCUGAUCUGUGAAAUGGUGUCAGGGUCGGCAGACAUGAGGGCAGCAGAAAUUGACACUGGGACUCGGCUCAAUUGUACACCCCUACACGCCUGGCUGCAGUAAAUAGAACAAGGUUUUAGGUGAAACUUGUUCUUUGAAGCAAAUCUGUUAUGUGCAAAUGGAACACAAUAGGAGAGUGGUGAUAUCAGCCCAAUUGUCUGACACAAAGUGGUCUUUGUGUGCAUCACACUGGUAUGGUAUCAUGUUACUUGCUUUUAUUCUCAUUUUGGAAGCUCCCUUUUCCAGUCUCUCAAUCCCAGCACAUAUGCCACGCACAGUCCUUGAGAGAUACAUAAUGAGAUACAGGAAUCAGCUCUCAGGCCUCCGAGGUGACUCCCAAGAGGCCACAGUCAUUAAGAUCACCUCUGAGCAUUUAUACAACAGCACAAUCAACAACUCUUCUCUUCUUCUUUUAAACUCUACAUACGGGAAGCAGUGGAGGCAGAGGAGUGCAAAAAGCCAGGUACAUGGAGAAAAACUUUAACCAAGGAUUAUUCCUAAAGACUGAUGGGUAAUCCGUUUGGCUGCCCUUUAUCACUCUGACUCACCCACACUGACCUCUCUGGCUUCCUACUACGUAUCCUUGUCUCGACCCUGCUGAUGCCCUCAUGUCGCUGCAGGGGGCACCUUCGACAUAUUUUCCUUCCUCAUCCUUUAUAACUGCAGUUUACGUUAGACCAGCAGCUCAUGGCCCUGUUUUAACCUGAUAUUAAAAUGUGUUUUUCAUGAUCUCACCCCACGUGUAAACGCAACAUUAGAAUGCGUACCCACAUGCAUCUCAAAUGUAAAGAAACCAUCAGCAGAGUAAAUGAUGAAUUCAAUGUUUUACUAGUUAGAGGAAAAUUAAUUAUUUGUAAUACAUUUUUAACUCAUUGUGCUGAUCAAAGGCUACCAGCAACUUUUAAGGUGGAAUGGUUUGUUUCAUGUUAAUCAAUGAGCUAAUGUGAACCAACGUAAGUUCAGUUCAGACCAAAGAUUCAAAUGUAGAUGAACUGAAAACAACCUUCACUAUAUGAGUUCAAACAUGGCUCAAAUAUAACUCCAAAGCAACCCUUAGGCUGGAGUUGGAUGUUUAAAUUUUAAUCAUAUGUUCAUGUAAAGAACUGGAUUCACCAUGAACUAGUUAUCCAUAUAUUUACCUCUGUACUAUGAAAGAUACUAGAGGAUUCCACUAUCAGAGAACUCAGGCUGCGUAGAACUGCCAGAAUAGCACAAUAUACCCAACAAACACACUGACAUUUGAGGAGAUGUCUGUCUUCUUAAUUCCAUCAUCAUAGCUUAAAAAA